CCCUGACGAAGUUGCUUUAGUUGAAGGGAUUCAGAGACUUGGUUAUACAUAUUUACGAUUGAAAGACAAUUUUAUGGAAAUUCUAAAUCGAGAAAAUGACAUUGAAAGAUUUGAACUAUUAGAAGUUCUUAGUUUUGAUUCAGUAAGAAGACGGAUGAGUGUGAUUGUAAAAUCAGCAAAAGGGGAAAUCUUUCUGUUUUGCAAAGGAGCAGAUUCUUCUAUAUUUCCUAGAGUUACAGAAGGAAAAAUAGAACAGAUCAAGUCAAGAGUUGAGCGAAAUGCUGUGGAGGGUUUGCGAACAUUAUGCAUUGCAUAUAAAAAAUUCACACACGAAGAGUAUGAGAUUGUGGAAAAACAGCUUCAAGAGGCAAAAAUAGCCCUUCAGGAUCGCGAAAAAAAAUUGGCAGAGGCAUAUGAACAGAUAGAACAUGGGCUUAUCUUGCUUGGGGCUACAGCGGUUGAAGACCG